CCGUCAUAGCCCGGAUUCAUAUAGAUGUAGCACCGGCUCUAUGAGUUUGGCAUCGCUGCAUAGUUCGGAGCAGAUCAUUUAAACAGGCACCGAUACUAAAAUACGUCAACUCUCAUUUCAGCGACAUCAAGAGGGACGGUUCAUCCCAUCAACAUGGCGGAAAACAUAAUCGUCCGCGUCCAGUCUCCCGAUGGAAUGAAAAAAAUCACCUUAACAAAGCGUGAGACUGCUGCAGCUUUCCUCAAGAAGGUUGCCAAAGAGUUUGGCUUCAGUUCAAAUGGUUUCUCAGUUUACCUGAACCGGAACAAGACUGGAGAGAUCCUGUCACAGAACAAGACCCUCAGUCUGCUGAAAAUCAAGCAUGGCGACAUGCUCUUUCUUUACCCAUCCUCUGCUGGACCCUCCAGUGAGAACAUGGACACAGCUCAGCCUCACUCUUCUUCUUCCUACCCUUCCUUCCCUUCAUCCUCUUCUUCAUCAUCUUCUUUAUCCCGUUCACACUCUGCACCACAGAUCCAAGAGGACGAGAUUGACCAGUAUCUGUCCAAACAAGAGGGAAAGAUCUACAGAAACCAAGACCCCCAGCUGUGCCGGCACGGUCCCAUGGGGAAAUGUGUGCACUGCGUACCUUUAGAGCCUUUUGAUGAAGACUAUCUGAACCACCUCGACCCACCGGUCAAGCACAUGUCCUUCCACGCCAACAUCCGGAAACUCACCGGCGGAGCAGACAAGGGGAAGUUUGUGGCGCUUGAGAAUAUCAGUUGUAAGAUUAAAUCUGGCUGUGAGGGGCAUCCGCCCUGGCCAGAGGGCAUCUGUACCAAGUGCCAACCCAGUGCCAUCACUCUUAACAGACAGAAAUAUCGACAUGUGGACAACAUCAUGUUUGAGAAUCACACCAUCGCGGACCGUUUCCUCGACUUCUGGAGGAAGACGGGAAACCAGCGGAUGGGGUACCUGUAUGGACGCUACACCGAGCACAAAGACAUCCCUCUCGGCAUUCGAGCAGAGGUUGCCGCCAUUUAUGAACCUCCUCAGAUUGGAACCCAGAACAGCUUGGAGUUGAUUGAAGAUCCCAAGGCAGAAGCAGUUGAGGAGAUUGCUGCAAAACUAGGCCUGCGGAAGGUGGGGUGGAUUUUCACGGAUCUUCUGUCAGAGGACACUAGGAUAGGCACAGUCCGCUACACCAGAAACAAGGAUUCAUACUUCCUGAGUGCAGAAGAGUGCAUCACAGCUGGACACUUCCAGAACCAACAUGCCAACGCAUGUCGGCUUUCCCCGGAUGGCCAUUUUGGAUCCAAGUUUGUCACAGUAGUGGCAACAGGUGGUCCAGAUAACCAGGUGCACUUUGAAGGGUAUCAAGUGUCCAAUCAGUGCAUGGCUCUGGUGAGGGAUGAAUGUCUACUACCCUGCAGAGAUGUGCCUGAACUGGGUUAUGCCAAAGAGUCCAGCACAGAGCAAUACAUCCCUGAUGUCUUCUAUAAGGACAAAGACAAAUUCGGCAAUGACAUCACAUAUUUAGCCCGACCACUGCCAGUGGAGUACUUGAUUAUUGACAUCACCACCACUUUCCCAAAGGACCCCGUGUUCACUUUCUCCUCUACUUUUCGCUUCCCCAUCGAAAACCGAGACGCACUGGGAGAGAUGCAGGACUUCCACAGUUUAGCAACACAUCUUUCCCAGUGUUUUUCCUCCUCCUCCUCCUUCCUGGACAUCGUCUCAGACUUCCAUCUGCUUCUCUUUCUUGUCACCAAUGAGGUCAUGCCCUUACAGGACAGCAUUGGGCUUCUGCUGGAUGCAGUGAAGACAUCCAAUGAGGAGCUGGCUCAAACCUGGAAGAAAUCUGAACAGUGGGCCACAAUCGAGCAGCUCUGCAGCACAGUUGGAGCGCAGCCGUCGGGAUCUCUGGAUUAUGCCAUGGGCGGCCCAACUCUCCCCCAGGCCUCUUCAGCUGUGUGGUCCUGCCUCCACUGCACAUUCAUGAACCAGCCUGGCACUGAGCACUGCGAGAUGUGCAGUUUGCCCCGCAGCUAAAACCCCACGAAUCUGGGCUGCACCACACAUCCCACCGGGAACAGCAGUGAGAGUGGGCGUGCUUCCCUGUGUUCCUGCUGUUUUAGUAUGCCUAAUCCUUAACUCCUCGCCUCCCUCACUGACUGUGUCGCAUUUAAAUGCUGAUGGCAGCUGUGUGCCCAAAUAUGCGAUCCAAUGCUGUGAGCUGCAUCACUUUGAUGAUGUUGAUGGCCGAAGAUGAUGGGUUUUACCCAUGUAGCACUCUCUGUGUGAGCCCAGUGCAUUCUGGGACUUUUAUUUAGACAAGCACUUGGGCGAAGCUCCUUCCAACCUCCUCAUCUCCCUCCGUGGUCCAAACUAACCUUUCAGCACCAUUGGUGUAACAUCUGAUGUUUAACGUCUUUCCCCAACUCUCACUGAAGAUGUGUAAAUAAUAAACAGAAGGAAUAAUACAGUUAUUUAAUUUCAAAAGAUUUUAUAUGUUAUAGUAAACAUGCAGCAGAAGGAGCUUUGUGGUUUGCAGCACUGUUCAUGGUUUCUUAGAUCUUCAACCGUAGUUUAAAACCCUUUCUUCUCCAAACAAGCAUGCUUGCUUUUAUUUUCUUCCAUUCAUUUUUCAUAUCACUUUAUUUAGAUUGAAUUCUCAUCAAUGCUUGAUUUAGAUUGAAGUCGAAUGGUUGCUUUGGCUGCAUAGGUUCCUUUUCCUCAAGAUUGUAAUUGACUGUUGACUUCUGCUAUACUUUGAAUGUGGAUUGGUUUACGUUUGCUUUGCAAAAACUGUAGCCACUCAACUUUGGUGCAUGUAAUCUUUUACGCACCAUUUCACUGUCAUCGCCCUUUCAAUGCCAAUUUCCUCUACCGUCCCCAUGGCGCUUGUCUAGAUUUCAGUUGUGGAGAUUUUUUUUCCACCAUUCAGCCCUUGAGGAGCCUGUACCGUUGCACCUUCAAAGGGUUCUGUCAGGGCCGUCUUUGAACACGCUCUCUCACCUGCCGGCUCCACAUCUGGUGGAGAUCAUGAGAGAUUGAUUGAUUGAUUGAUUGAUUGAUAGAGAAGAACAGAGCUACAAAUAUAAAAGCUAAAGUCUAAACUUAUUCAACUUGAUUGACAUCUUUGCUUUGGACUUUUUUUAAUCCAGCCUCAGAUCUUCUACACUAGUCUGUGUAGUUCAGCAGAUAGAUUUUACUGGCUGGAAACAGGGUUAAAUUGUCUUCUGACAGCCAUUUUCACUUGGCCACGAAUCAAUGUUUUAGAAACCAGCCCAAAGACAUCUCUUAAAUAUGCAUUCAGGAGAAUUUCAGCCCUCUGAAAUGAUCUAAAUGUUUACAUUUGUGGUAUAUUUUGUAGAGUUUCUUCAAUUUUCUUAAUUCUCAAACUCAUAAUUUCCAACACUCUUAAAAUUUAGUAAAUUGGUUCACUUAAAUGGGAACACACAUCAUCAUUAUCCAGAAAUUGAAAUCUGAUUUCUGCUUUAGGAUGUUUGAGGUACAGAUAGCUGUGCUUAGGCCCCAUUGUCACAAAACACAGGUGCCCUGAGUUGUAUGCUUUCAAUUGGUUUUAGGGUUUUAAAUACAAGAAAAAAGUUCAACAAUAAAACCAAUUCCUUUCAA